AUGAGGCUGCGCCACUUCCUGCUGCCUUCUCUGAAGCCCCGCCCCUUCCCCAUCUCGUCCAAUCAGCAGAAUGCUCACCUGUGCUCCACUGCCUCUCCUGUGAUUAGCCAGGAUGUGCAGGUGCAGGGGCGGAGCUUCCCACGCGACGACUUCUCAAACGUCACCGCAAAAAUCCUGCAGAGAGUCGGAGCAAAUCUGCACAACGAGCCACAUCACCCGCUGUGGAUUAUUAAAGAGAGGAUCAAAGAGCACUUCUACAGCUCGUACAUGGGCCGGUGGGGGAACCCUCUCUUCUCGGUCCAUGAUAACCUCAGCCCAGUGGUCAGCGUGGAGCAGAACUUCGACAGUCUGCUGAUCCCUCCUGAUCAUCCAAGCAGAAAGAGAGGAGACAACUACUACAUUAACAGGUCUACCAUGUUGCGCGCGCACACCUCUGCCCACCAGAGGGAGCUGGUGAGACAGGGCCUGGACGCCUUCCUAUUGGCUGGAGACGUGUACCGCCGUGAUGAGAUCGACUCCUCUCACUUCCCUGUGUUUCACCAGAUGGAGGGAGUCCGGCUGUUCUCAGACCACGAGCUCUUCUCAUCAGUGGACGGGGGUCAGCACCUCUCUCUCUUUGAGGAUUCUGGGAGGAGGUGUGGUCAGAAGCAGGAGGUGCACUCUCUGGAGGCUGUGACUCUGCUGCAGUUCAACCUGAAGAACACUCUGACCAGACUGGUCCACGCGCUGUUCGGACCAGGCGUGGAGCUGCGCUGGGUGGACUGUCACUUCCCCUUCACUCAUCCGUCCUUUGAGUUGGAGGUUCGAUUCCAGGAGCAGUGGAUGGAGGUGUUGGGCUGCGGGAUCAUGGAGCAGCAGAUCCUGAACUCUGCGGGGGCGGGACAUAAGGCAGGCUGGGCCUUCGGAUUGGGUCUGGAGCGUUUGGCCAUGAUCCUGUUCAACAUUCCGGACAUCCGACUGUUCUGGAGCCGAGACCCGGGCUUCCUCCAGCAGUUCAGAGUGACCGACAUCCACCAGCCAAUCAGCUUCAAGGCUGUCAGCAGGUUCCCUCCUCUCCAUAAUGACAUCUCCUUCUGGGUCCCGGACUCCUUCUGUCCACAGGACUUCUUUGAGCUGGUGCGCUGUGUGGGAGGAGACCUGGUGGAGCAGGUGACUCUGCUGGACCACUUCACACACCCAAAGACGGGCCGCAGGAGUGAAUGUUACCGGAUCGUUUACCGUCACAUGGAGCGAACUUUGACCCAGGAAGAAGUCCGACAGACGCACGCCGCGAUCGAGAGAACAGCGGAGAGCGAGCUGGGAGUGACUGGGAGAUACUGA